AUGCAGAAUGAAACCACAGUGACAGAAUUUACCCUAACUGCCUUCCCUGCUCUACAGAAGCUUCGAAUUUUCCUCUUUGUGGUUCUCUUGUUUACUUACAUGCUUACUCUGACAGGAAAUUCUGUUGUCAUUUCCUUAAUAUGGGCUGACAAUCGUUUUCAAACCCCAAUGUACUUCUUCCUCAGUAAUUUAUCACUUUUGGACAUUUCAUAUACUACUACAGUUACCCCAAAGCUGUUAGCCUGUCUCCUACAAGAGAGGAAGAGCAUAUCCUUGGCUGGCUGUUUCACCCAGAUAUACUUUUUUUUUUUCCUGGGGACGGUGGAGUUCAUCCUCUUGGCUGUCAUGUCCUUUGACCGUUACAUGGCCAUCUGUAACCCCCUGCGCUACACUAUCAUCAUGAACAGUAGAUUCUGUUUUCUGCUGAUGCUGGGAUGCUGGAUGGGAGCUUUCCUGUCAGUGCUAUACCCAAUUAUUGUGGUGUCAGGGUUACCUUUCUGCUAUAAGGAAAUUAGUCACUUCUUCUGUGACAUCGCCCCUCUGCUACAGGCUGCCUGUAUUGAUACUCAUUUCAUUGAGAUGAUAAGCUUUAUCUUAUCUUCCCUUGUCCUCCUGACUUCACUGAUGUUCACCACGGUGUCCUACGCCUACAUCAUCUCUACCAUCUUGCGCAUCCCCUCAGCCCAAGGACGUCAGAAGGCCUUUUCCACUUGUGCUUCUCACAUCACUGUUGUCUCCAUUGCCUACGGAAGCAACAUCUUCAUGUAUGUGAGGCCUAGCCAGAGCCACUCACUGGAUAUUGACAAGGUGACUGCUGCCCUCACAACAAUAAUGACCCCUCUUCUGAAUCCCUUCAUUUAUAGCUUGAGGAAUGAAAAGGUAAAAGAAGCCUUGAGAGAAGCAAUCACAAGACUUAUGUCCUUAUUGUACAAGAGAACUUGA